AUGCCGGUGGGAAAACAAGGCGGUUCAACUGCAUGAAAACUGAACAUGGUUUUGAUAGGUUGCUUCCCUGGUCUACUUUCAAUGAUCCUUGUAAUGGAUAUCUAGUCAAUGACACGUGUGCUUUCGGGUUUGAGAUUCUCUCCGUUUCAAGUGCUACGAAACAUGAAUGCCUUUCUUUGGUGAAGGAACCAAUUAAGGAGGGAACUUACAUGUGGACAAUCAACAACUUCACACUAGAAAAGCAACAGGAGUACAUUUGCUCCGAUCAGUUCACCGUUGAAGGAAGCAAAUGGAAACUGUUUCUGUAUCCGAGUGGAGAUUCGAGAGCAAGCAGCCAAUAUUUGUCUCUUUUUCUAGCGUUCCUUGAUGUUGAAGACCUUAUUGCUCGUGGUAGAAAAAUAUAUGCCAAGUUUAUUUUACGCAUUCUUAAUCAAGUGAACAUCCUGCAACAUAAGGAAGCAGAAGGUUUGGCGUGGAAUUUGGUUCUACUAAAAGCUUGUCUAAUCGUUUCUAUAUUAACAUAGUUUUGUUCUUAAAAUAACGUAUCUUAUUUAAAUCGUGCAGUAGUGGGUCGUUUCUUUGUCGAUACCAUAGGCUGGGGCCGUCCCAAAUUUAUGAAACUUAGCGAAUUGGAAAGUUCAUCGAAUGAGUUCCUUGUUAAAGAUUCGCUCAUUGUGGAAGUUGAAUUCAAGCUCCUGUCUAAGUAUUCAUAGAUCAUAUGUAUACCAUCAAUUUGUUGUUUUCUUUACAUGCAUGCUAUUAUAUAUGCUACCCCCUCUACAUAUAUCAAUAUGUA